AUGGCAACUACAUCGAAACAACCCGAAAAACAUCAUAUUGAAUCAAGUCCACUUGUUAUUUCGGAUUCAUUUGAAGGAUAUCCAUUAAAUUUUUUUAAUUUACCAUUACACUAUCGUGAUGAUUUAAAAUCCGUUCUUAUCCCAUAUGGACUUGUUCAAGAUCGUAUUGAAGCAUUAGCUAGUCGAAUUUUUUCUGAUUUACAUAUUCAUAUACCAGAACAACUCAUUUGUAUGUGUGUACUUAAAGGUGGAUAUAGAUUCUUUUCGGAUCUUGUAUCAAAAAUUCAAAAUGAAAAUCGUCUUCGAAAUGAUCGUAGUUUACCAAUGAGUUUAGAAUUUAUUCGUGUACGAAGUUAUAUUAAUGAUCAUUCUACUGAUCAAACUGAAAUAAUUGGUUUAAGUGAUUUAAAUUCAUUAAAAGACAAACAUAUACUUAUCGUCGAAGAUAUCAUUGAUACAGGUGUUACAAUGGUUGCAUUAAAAAAAGAACUUGAAAAAUUUAAACCAAAAACAAUUAACGUUGUUUCAUUAUUUACAAAAAGACGUCAUGAUAAAAAAUGCAUUUUUAAACCAGAUUAUUCAGGUUUUGAAGUACCUGAUCAUUUUAUUGUUGGUUAUGCACUUGAUUAUAAUGAAUAUUUCCGUGAUUUGGAACAUAUAUGCGUUAUGAAAGAAUCAGGUAUCAGUAAAUAUAAAGUUGCAGGUGGUGACAAAGUUGAAGAAUCAUAG